AUGUCUCAAUUCAGCCAAUUUUCUGACGCUGGGCCUUCCUCUCUCUAUCAGAGUGAUCCUAUAGACCCCCUUACCGAUAUCGAAUUAGAUGAUAGCUCUUUCAUAGCAGGGAGCUCAUCUUAUCAACGAACUCAAUAUCCUACGCUAUCCUCUGAGUUUACACCUCCUCUUGCUCUUCCUUCUACCCUUGAGCGGUUUGGUUCUGAUCGGAAGAAGUCCUGGGUAAAAUAUACCGAAAUGAAUAAAAACGACUUUGUGAUCUGGUGGUUACAGACUGAGGCUGCGACAACGACAGGAUCACGUCAAAAGAAGAUGCGAUGGGAUACAAAGCACUCCGCUGAGAUCUGGCAGCAUUUUGACCAAGUGGCCAACUAUAUCACCGGCGAGGCAAUGGUUAUGUGCCGAAGAUGUGGAAAAACCAUUCCACACCCAGGGCGAACUGCGAACGGGACUAAUUCUAUGAAUCGCCACUUCAUGGCUGGAACAUGCAUUCAAGCUGCAAAUAAUACAGCAAGGCAGAAGACACUACACCAAUCAAUCGAAUAUAUGGCCGAAAACACAUCACGUUCGAAGCCAUCUUUCAGUGAGGAGCAAUGGAAACGAUGUCAGGUCAGAUUUAUCACUAAAUCAAACCUUCCUUUUCAAAUCCUUGCGCAUGAAGGCCUUGCAGACCUUAUAUCAAUGGCUCGGCUAGCCACGUCAAACCCUACACUCCUUACCCCUCGAACUGCUCGACGUCGUCUUCGAAAGAUCGUGCAAGAAGAUCAGCAUCGUAUCCUAUCAGACCUCCCACCAAAUGCGAAGCUUUCAAUUGCUCUUGAUUGUUGGACAUCUCCCUUUCAACAGGCCUUUAUGGCAAUUACUGGUUACUUCCUCGACCAAAACUGGAAGUACCGGGAGAUCCUUCUUGGCUUUGAACCCUUACAUGGAAAGCACUCCGGUGUUAAUCUAAGCCAGGUUCUAUUCGACUGUCUACAAGAGCAUCAGAUUAUAGAUCGGGUGCUUGCUGUUACGACUGAUAACGCAUCGAAUAACGACACUCUAGUUGGUAGCAUACAGACGUCAAUGCAAGCCCUAGAUCUUCCAAACCAUAUACCAAUUGUCCGAAUUCCUUGCUUAGCGCAUGUUAUCCAACUCAGCCUAAAGGAUCUCCUCACGAUGAUGAAGCUCAACCCAAAGAACGAUGGCAUAGAUCGGCAGUGGUCAGCUGAACAGGAUACGUCCCUGAAACACCUUCGAAAGCGAGGUAUUAUCUAUACUCUUGCAAAAGUCCGUGGCCUAGCUAUAGGUGUCAACGCUAGUUCUCAGCGCCGAGAAGCGUUUUUGAACCUUCAAAGUAAAGAACCAAAGCUUCUCCCUAUCCAGGAUGUCAAAACGCGGUGGAAUUCAACAUUCCUUAUGCUUCAGCGCGCUAAGCGGCUCUCAAAGGCGUAUGAUGAGUACUGCAGUGAGCAUAACUAUCCUCAGUUUAAACUAAACACGGAAGAGUGGCGGCAAGUUGACUACCUUCUUUGUAUCACUCAACCCUUUCAUCAGUGGACCACGGCUAUCUCUAAGAUCAAAGAUGUUACAAUCCAUCAGAUCUUUAGAAUCUACAACAAGCUGUUUGACCAUUUUGACUUUUCCAUCAGCCAACUGAAGCGGAAACGGGUUCCUUGGAAGGCAACUAUGCGUGGGGCGCUCGAAGCAGGCCGUCAAAAGCUCUCUGACUAUUAUAGCCAGACUGACGCUCAUGGUAAUCUCUAUGCAAUUGGCACUAUCCUUGCGCCGCGGUACAAGCUGCAAUUCUUCUCGAAGCGUGAAUGGUCCGAUAACAACUACCAAUGGCGUAAGACCUACCGAGGCUACAUGGAAAAAUACCUCGAGCCCUACCAACAGCGCCAAAAGGAGACAGAGCAGUCACAGUUCAGCCGACCCUCUACCCAGCAGAAGGAUGAUAUUGAACUGCUCUUGGAUGAUGAUAACCCUUCCGAGCCCUCUCAGUCCCAAGAGAAACGGACUGGCCCUGUAUUUGACGAUGAGCUUACACAUUAUCUUAAUAGUGGUAUAUUUCUUCCAUUCGAAUAUCCGCUGAUUUUUCAUUCUAACGUUUCUUUAAUAGGCACAUUGAACAAGAAUCCCUAUGACUUCUGGCGGGAGCAUGAGCAUCAAUAUCCUACACUCGCAAGCAUGGCACGCGAUGUAUUUACUAUCCCUGCUAGCGGGGCUGGUGUGGAGCGUCUUUUUAACUCUGCUCGCGACGUGUGCCACUAUCGACGGGGUCGUCUUAGCGAGACCGCUAUACAAGACCUUAUGAUGUAUCGCUGUAUCUCCGAAUUUGAUCUUGAUACAACAGAUCUUACAGGUGAAUCCGAUAAGGAGGAAGAGCCUACCGCCGAAGAGAGACAGCAAGCAGCGCUACGAAGAGAGGCAAAACUAGGCCAGUUUACCCCGGUUCCAAUCAGUGACAAUGAAGAGGAUGAGGAUGAAGACGAAGAUGAAGACGAAGAUGAAGAUGAAGCUGAAGGUGAAGAUGAGAGUGAAGAUAAGAUAUAUAAGGUAAACUCCGUUCCUUUCGACGCCUAUAUACCAUCCGCUACAUCCCAACGUAGCCAGCGAGCUCUGGGAAGGAGACGAAAGAGUGUGGAUUCCUAUGGGGAAGAAGAUAAGACUGAACCUCAACUACCCCCUUUGCCACAGGAUAAGGAGGGCUAUAGUCAAAUGCGGACGUCUGGAAGGACAAGGAAACGUCCAAGAAAUUUAGAUGACUACGACGUAACAUACGAAUAA